CUAUUCUUAAAGUGGGGACGAUAAUCUGGAGGGGGACCUGCACGACCAAUAACGCUCCAACUUAUGAUGUCAUCGGAGGAGGAGACAGAGUUCGGUUUGUAUACAGAUAAGCUCCUGAAGAAAUCCAAAAGAACUAGACAGCGCGUGGACGCCGGCGAGCCGCGUAAUUCGUAUUCCUCGAUCCCGAACUUUAGUUCGCGACCGGCUUUUCUCGGUGGUGGUAGUAAUUUAUACGGCGCCAUUUUUACCCAACAGCAACAGUUCGGUCUUUUCGGACCGGGGUUCGCGCCCGCAAAAAUGUUGAACGAGCUUUUAGGUCGACAAAAGCCCGAAAAUGCCGCGGACGGUGAAGACGCGAAAUUCGAUAACGUUAUAAGAUGUGAUAAUAGUCCUCCGAGUGGUGAACAACUUGCGCAUCAUAUGCUUCGAGAUAUUCUCCAAGGUAGGAAGCACGAACUUUUAGCAUUAGAACAGGAUAUGCGUAACGGACAAGAACAUAUUAUGAAUAACAACAACAACGAACCAAAGACAAGUCCAGAAAGAAACGACGUUAACGUAACUAUGAAAGAGUGUUUAUCAGCAGAAUCUGGUGAAAGACAACAAGAACUCAUGGAAGAAACCCUCAACGGUAUGGAAACUGAAUCACUUCCAUCUCCGAAAGUAGAACCUUCGAGUCCCGCAAAACCGGAAGACGCGAAGAAAGCACGAGUGGAAAAUAUAGUAACAGGUAUGAGAUCAAGUCCAGCACCACCUCAAGUAAACGGUUGUAAAAAACGAAAAUUAUAUCAACCGCAACAACAUGAUAGUAACGCCGAAAGAUACGUCGAUGACGACGAAGAAGAAAUAGAACCGAUUCGCCAAAAACGCGUAGAAAAGAAUAUUCUCAAAUCACAAUUGAGAUCUAUGCAAGAACAACUAGCUGAAAUGCAACAAAAAUAUAUGGCGCUUUGUACUCGAGUAGAACAAGGUUCGGAAGAAAGUCAAGAAAUCGAAGAAAUACCGAGCGAUAGUGAACAAAGUAAGAGAUCAGCUCCACCUUCACCGGUAACGACAAGUACUCCUACACCCAUUCCGCAACCGACACUAGCUCAAGAAGUGAGCAAGAUGAAGAUAAGUCCUCCAGCUCCUCCGUUCCACAACGGAUUCCUACAUAAUCCGCAUCAGCACAUGAGCAGCGCCGCAGCUAUGUAUCUAGGGGUAAGUCACAAACUUUUCAUGGAACAAGAAGCUAGAUUGGCCAAAGAAGCGGCCGCUAACAAUGAAUCUCAACAAAUACAAUCGGCUCAACAACAAACUCCUCCGAAACCCGAAUCUAAUCAUAUCGCAGAACGACUGAACAUAAUAAGACAUUUAAAUCCGAACGGUACGGAUUUAGAGGGUCUCGCUGACGCUCUAAAAAGUGAAAUAACGGCGUCGCUAUCGAAUCUCAUAGAUUCUAUACUAUAUCGAUUCGUUCAUCAAAAACGGUGUAAGCAACAAGACGCCGCCACGGCAGCGGAACAAUUGAACAAAGAUUUGAUGAUGGCCUCGCAGUUGUUGGAUAGGAAAUCUCCGAGAACUAAGGUGGCGGAAAGGCCUCAACCUCCUCAAGCUCCACCACCCAAUCAUCAGAAUCACCUGGUGAACGGCAACUCCAGCGGUCCUACCAUGAUGCCUGUACCUAAUAUGAAUAAUAUGCAGAAACCUUCGGAACUUCACAUACGACCUCCGAUGUUUCAUCCGCCGAAACCUCCGGGAAUCAGCGCCCCUUUAUACGGCAUGAACCAUCCGUUUUGCGUUAAUAAACAACAAGAAACUCCAGAGCAAAACGAAGCGCUCAGUCUAGUCGUUGCUCCGAAGAAAAAACGCCAUAAAGUCACAGAUACCAGAAUAACGCCCAGAACUGUUAGCAGAAUUUUAGGACAAGACGGUAUGGGUAUGUCGCCAGCUGCUAUGGAACCAAACACAUGUACAUCACCUAGACCGCCCCCAUAUCACCAGCCGCCGCCGAUGUUGCCCGUCUCCCUUCCGACGUCGGUGGCGAUUCCCAACCCAGGCCUACACGAAUCUCAGGUUUUCUCACCCUACAGCCCCUUCUUCCAUGGACCAAGUCACGGCCACCACAUGGCAAUGCAGGCUUCCUCCUCCCCGCCUCGAAUGCACAAGAUCGAACGAGAAUCACCGCCAAUUCAUCAUCCCCCAACCUUAUUACACCCCGCGUUAUUGGCGGCUGCCCAACAUGGAGCCUCCCCGGACUAUGGGCAUAUGAGAGCCCCAUCUAAUGGGUUAAACAUGGACAACGGUGAUAGAAAUUCAGACUGUAAUUCUGGAGAUAUUUCUUACGAUGGAAUGCAGCCUACUAUAUCCUUUUUAUGCAAAGAUUUUAGUAAAAAUCUUAGUGCGCAUCAUCCCGGUAUUUCCUUAACUCCUGAGCACUCGUCAACAUUAACACCGAUGCACCUCAGGAAAGCGAAGCUGAUGUUCUUCUGGGUGAGGUAUCCGAGCUCAGCAGUCCUAAAAAUGUACUUCCCCGAUAUCAAAUUCAAUAAAAACAACACUGCCCAAUUGGUGAAAUGGUUUUCUAACUUCAGAGAAUUCUAUUACAUUCAAAUGGAGAAGUACGCGAGACAAGCCGUCUCUGAAGGUGUCAAGAAUGCGGACGAUCUUCACGUCGGUGGUGAUUCCGAGUUGUACAGGGUGCUCAAUUUGCACUACAAUAGAAAUAAUCACAUCGAGGUAUGCGGCCCGCAGGUACCUUCAAACUUCAGGUUCGUAGUAGAGCAGACCCUGAGAGAAUUCUUCAAAGCGAUCCAAGAAGGCCGCGACGCCGAACAAUCCUGGAAGAAAUCCAUCUACAAGAUCAUUUCGAGGCUAGAUGAUCCUGUACCGGAGUAUUUCAAAUCUCCCAACUUCUUGGAACAACUAGAGUGACGGGUCAGUGAUAUCCGAUCAAAAGGAGUACCGGUAGGUACUGCCUGUUAGCGGUUCUCGACCAACAGGUCUUGACACCAAAGAGAAUCGGUGACAAACUGUCAACAAUUUCCGUUAUUUCCGUUGGUUUUGAAGACGUCGACGUUCGACAGAACCUCGACAUCUUUGAAUAUGUUCGGACAUGUGUUGAGAAUAGUUGUGUUAAGUUGGCAGAAAGACUUAAUAAUUAUACGCCUAUGGCUUUGCGUUCGUUCCUAACGAACAGUGAAUAUAAAUCAAUCAAUUCUACAGUGAUUUGCCGGAUAUUUAUCGAAAAGUCAAGUCCUAAGUUUAUACAAACCAGCAGUUAGCAAAGUCCAAAAUCUGCACUUUUUUCGUUUACUCUAGAAUCAACUCAUUUCUAUUCAACCAUACAAAUCUCCUAGCAUUUUUUUACUAAAAUACAAACAUUGACAAUGUAAAUCCAAGAUGAAGACAAAUUUCUAGACUGGAUAAAGAACAAGCUUUGAAAAUUCAACCUAGGCUUCUAUUAGCAUUCCCAUCGAUUCCAGGCUAUAGUUUCGCUACAACCAGUGCUAGAUAUUUAGUCCAUUAAAAAUUUUCUUUUCACUUUGUGUUUCUUAAAAGAUACAAUUUUAAUAUUGGGAUAUAUAGGGUAAGUCACUAGGAGUUUAACUUCAGGUUUAUGGAGCUGCAGCCCUUGUCCUCAGAUCGCCAUCUUGAAAUAAACGCUUUUUUCACUAUAUAUCCAUAACUACAGUUCUCACAGAAAAUUCGCGAAGACAUAAUUUAUAGCGAUUUCAUUUUAUACAAAUUUGUUAAUAUAAUUUGUUUUCGUAAAAUUCUAAAUAGAGAAGUUAUUAACAAAAAUAAGAUAAUACCUUUUAAAAAGUUCUCUUUUUUGGUAUAUAAUUUUUUAUUUUAUCAUUUCACAAUGAAAUUACUUUAUAACUAUUUUGUAGAUGAUCCUGUAACGAAUAUUUUUUUUAUUGGUGCAGUUUAUGACGAUUUUAGGGUGCUCUAAAGCUCGUCCAUAUUAAUACCCAUCAGUG